UCGCGCGUUUCCGCUUCCGCCACCGCCGCGGCAGUCUCGUUGUGACUGGAGUGGAGGCGUUUUCGUUCACCUCUCUGCACUAUGUCCGGCGGCCUUCUGAAGGCGCUGCGCAGCGACUCCUACGUGGAGCUGAGCCAGUACCGGGACCAGCACUUCCGGGGUGACAAUGAAGAACAGGAAAAAUUACUGAAGAAGAGCUGUACGUUGUAUGUAGGAAAUCUUUCCUUUUACACAACUGAAGAACAGAUCUAUGAACUCUUCAGCAAAAGUGGUGACAUAAAGAAAAUCAUUAUGGGCCUGGAUAAGAUGAAGAAAACAGCAUGUGGGUUCUGCUUUGUGGAAUACUAUUCAAGAGCAGAUGCGGAAAAUGCCAUGAGGUACAUAAAUGGAACUCGUCUGGAUGACCGGAUCAUUCGCACAGACUGGGAUGCAGGCUUUAAAGAGGGCAGGCAAUAUGGCCGUGGGCGAUCUGGGGGCCAGGUACGAGAUGAGUAUCGGCAGGACUAUGAUGCUGGGAGAGGAGGCUAUGGAAAACUGGCCCAAAACCAUGAUAAAGGCAUUUAUGGCCAUUAACUUUCUUCUCAAACCAGCCUUCAUUGUGUUCCACAGUGCUUGAUGAUAAACAAGGAUUUCCAAUGCAAUAGAAAGGCCCUGCUUGCAUAUUCAAGGAGAACCCUUCACAAAGAUAAACAAAUUUCACUGGGACCAGAAGUAAAAUGGCGGUCAAAGAGCACUAUCAUAAACCAAGCACUAAUACAUCUCAUUUCAUCCUUAUAACUACCCUGUGUUAGCAUCCCUACUUUACAAAUGGAUACAGGAACCUUAGGGAGGUUAAGGAACUUUCCCAAGUACCCUUAACUAGCAUAUGGCAAAGUGAAGAUUCUGAUUGUGAUCAUGGUUAUAGGACUGCAGAAAGUGAACAACUAUUAUGCUGUGCUACAUCCAAAGCAGAAUACUUAUUAUCUUUUCUCUACAGAAGCAGCUUGUUUUUCCCUUUUAAUACCCAUUGGCCAUUUCCCUUCAUCUUUCCCUUUUAAUACCCAUUGGCCAAGAAUUACCCAGAAAACUUCUUAAAAUGAGAAUUAAAUCCAUUAUUCUUUACCCACUUGCAUUCAUGAAACUAAUGAACCAAAAAGGAAAAAAUGCAUCUGGUCUGCACAAUUUCUCUUACUCCCAAAGUGCUAAAACAUCAAUGUGACCAAGAAACAAAGGAUCAAAUGUUAGGAAAAAAUAAAACAACAAAAGCUACAAUUCAAAUUAGAGUCCAUCCUACAAGUACGAAAGGUAGCAAUAUGGUUCUUUUCCUCACUGGCUGCUUGAAGCUUGGCCACCAUCAUGAACGAAACAGUAACUUUCAGGACCACGAAGUUCAUGACCAACCUACUACUUCUGCAGAAACAAAUGGUCACUGAUGUUCUUCACCCCAGAAAGGCAACAGUAGCUAAGACAGAAAUUCACAAAACAGCUAGCCAAAAUGUAUAAGACCACACCAGAUGUCAUCUUUGUAUUUGAAUUUAGAACCCAUCUUGGUGGUGGCAAGACAAGUGGCUUUGGUAUGAUUUAUGAUUCCUUGGAUUAUGCAAAGAAAAAUGAACCCAAACAGACUUGCAAGACAUGGCGUAUAUGAGAAGAAAAAAAAACCUCAAGAAAACAGCAAAAGGAACACAAGAACAGAAUGUAGAAAGUCAGGGGGACAGCAAAAGCCAAUGUUGGUGCUGGCAAAAAGGAGUAGAUUCUGCAGUGACUUAUCUGUGAAGACUGUGCAGAUUUUUCAUGAGAGGAUUAAUAAACUAAGAACUUAAAAACAAAACAAAAAGCCCCCAUAAAAGGUAGUAAUAUGAAAAACACAACCUGUUUUUUCAGAACAACCUGUAAUUUCAGAAGUUAAAUUGCUCAUUUUUUUAAAAAAAGAUUUUAUUUGACAGAGAUCACUAGUAGGCAGAGAGGCAGGCAGAGAGAGGGGGGGAAGCAGGUUCCCUGCUGAGCAGAGAGCCCGAUGUGGGGCUCUAUCCAAAGACCCUGAGAUCAUGACCUGAGCUGAAGGCAGAGGUUUUAACCCACAGAGCCCUAAAUUGCUCAUGUUAAACAAACUCUGUAGGACAGUUUUUUCCUGAGGUAACUGCCGGGUCACAUCCUGCUGUGAAUAUGGAAUGGAGUUCAUUGGGCAAAUAAGUGGUUACAAGAAUGUAACCACUUGGUUCUCCAAACAAAAUACAAUACCCAUGUCAGAAAGAUCCCAUCAAAAACAUGGAAGGCAUAGGACACCUGGCCGGCUCAGCUGGGAGAGCAUGUAACUCUUGAUCUUGAGGUUGUAGGUUUGAGCCCCACACUGGGUGUAGAGACUACUUAAAAACAAAAUCUUAAAAUAAGAAAGGCAUGGAAUAUCUAAGACUAACCUUAACGAAUGUGCAAACCUAAGCAGAAAUUGCAAAAUUCUAGUAAAGGAUAUAGGUUAAUAAAUGGAGUAAUUCUUUAUUUUUAGACAGAAAAAUUCAAUAGUGUAAUGAAUGCAAUUGUCCCUAAAUUAGUCUAAAAGUGAAUGCAGUACCAAUCAAAAACCAUUAUUUUUAUUAAAUUGAAAAAAAGAGGGAUACCUGGGUGGCUCAAUCAUUUAAGUGGCUCCCUUUGGCUUUGGCUCAGGUUAUGAUCCAACGCUCCUGGGAUGGAGUCCUGCAUGGGGCUCCUUGCUCAGCGGGGAGCCUGCUUCUCCCUCUGCCUGCCACUCUGCCUGCUUGUGCUCACUCUCUCUGACAAAUAAAUAAAAUUUUUUUAAAAAUCUAGAAAAAAACAAAUCUUGGGACCAAAAUGUGCAAAAUUCCUAGAAAUUUUUGAAAAGGAUUAAAGAGGAGAUGUGAAAAAGGAGGCCAAGAGAGGAGAAGGAAGGCCCAGUCCCACCAAAUUAUAAAACAAACUUGGUGUAAUGAAAGCAGCCUAGUGCUAGCAUAGAAAUAGAAAAACCAAGCCCAGAAAGAGACCCCAAAACAGGGAGCAAUUCAUAACCACGAGGAAAAGAUGAUUUACUCAAUAAAUAGUAUUAGAA